AUGCGUCCCCCGCGCCCCUCCGCCGCGCUGCUCGCCGUUCUGGGCGCGCUUUGGGCGGCGGCGCUCGCGGCCGCCGAGGCCCCGCACCGGGUGCGCGUGGACGCGGCCCGCGCGCUGCGGCCCCUGCGGCCCUUCUGGAGGAGCACCGGCUUCUGUCCCCCACUGCCGCACGGCCAGGCCGACCGGUAUGACCUCAGCUGGGAUCAGCAGCUCAACCUGGCCUACGUGGGCGCGGUUCCUCAUGGCGGCAUUGAGCAGGUUCGGACCCACUGGCUGCUGGACCUCAUCACGGCCAGGGGCCUAUUCGGGCAGGGCCUGCGCUACAACUUCACCCACUUGGAUCGGUACCUGGACCUUCUCAGGGAGAACCAGCUCGUCCCAGGCUUCGAGCUGAUGGGCAGCCCCUCUGGACGCUUCACCAACUUUGAGGACAAGCAGCAGGUGUUUGAGUGGAGGAACCUGGUCGCUCUCCUCGCCAGGAGAUACAUCGGUAGGUAUGGCCUCGAGCACGUUUCCAAGUGGAAUUUUGAGACGUGGAACGAGCCAGACCACCACGACUUUGACAACGUGUCCAUGACCUUGCAAGGCUUCUUGAACUACUACGACGCCUGCUCUGAGGGUCUGCGAGCAGCCAGCCCAGCUCUGCGCCUGGGCGGCCCUGGAGACGCCUUCCACGAGCCGCCCCACUCGCCGCUCUGCUGGGGCCUCCUGGGGCACUGUAACAACGGCAGCAACUUCUUCACCGGGGAGGUGGGCGUGCGGCUGGACUACAUCGCGCUGCACAAGAAGGGCGCGGGCAGCUCCAUCUCCAUCCUGGAGCAGGAGGCGGCGGUCGUGCAGCAAAUUCAGCGGCUCUUCCCCAAGUUUGCUGACACCCCCAUUUACAACGACGAGGCUGACCCGCUGGUGGGCUGGUCCCUGCCGCAGCCCUGGAGGGCCGACGUGACCUACGCGGCCAUGGUCGUGAAGGUUGUCGCGCAGCACCAGAACCUGCUGCUGGCGAACGCCAGCUCGGCCGUCCGCUACGCGCUCCUAAGCAACGACAACGCCUUCCUGAGCUACCAUCCGCACCAGUUCUCCCAGCGCACGCUCACCGCGCGCUUCCAGGUCAACGACACGCGCCCGCCGCACGUGCAGCUGCUGCGCAAGCCGGUGCUCACCGCCAUGGCGCUGCUGGCCCUGCUGGACGGCGAGCAACUCUGGGCCGAGGUGUCUCGGGGUGGCGCGGUGCUGGACAGCAACCACACGGUGGGCGUCCUGGCCAGCGCCCACCGCCCCACUGGCCCGGCCGACGCCUGGCGCGCCACGGUGCUGGUCUACGGGAGCGAUGACACCCGCGCCCACGCCAACCGCACGGUCCCCGUGAUUCUCAGCCUGCACGGGGUGCCCCCGGGCCCCGAGGUCGUCUUUGUCCAGCUCUACGUGGACAACUGGCUCUGCAACCCCUACGGCGAGUGGCGGCGCCUGGGCAGGCCGGUCUUCCCCUCCGCAGCGCAGUUCCGGCGCAUGCGCGCGGCCGAGGACCCUGCGGCCGUGAAACCGCGCUCCUUCCCCAGCAGCGGCCGCCUGACGCUGCGCCCUCAGCUCGCUCUGCCCUCGCUGCUGCUGGUGCACGUGUGCGCGCGCCCCGAGGAGCCCCCGGGCCAGGUGACUCGGCUCCGUGCUCUGCCCCUAGCCCGCGGGCAGCUGCUUUUGGUCUGGUCGGACGAGCGUGUGGGCUCCAAGUGCCUGUGGACCUAUGAGAUCCAGUUCUGCCCAGAGGGGGGAGUGUUCGCUCCCAUCAGCAGGAAGCCUUCGACUUUUAACCUGUUCGUGUUCAGCCCAGACACAGCUGUGAUCUCCGGCUCCUAUCGGGUUUGUGCCGUGGACUAUUGGGCCCGGCCAGGCCCCUUCUCCAGCCCGGUGCCGUACCUGGAGGCCCCUGCUUCUUGAGGGCCUCUGCUGCCCAGCGACUGGGCCUGUGCUGACCGUGAGCCUGGGCGGCCAGGAGCCAGGCUGGGCCCAACUGCCAGCAGCCUGCCAGCCAGUCCUCCCCUCUGUUGGUCUCCCCCCGCCCCUCACUCACCCCCUUAAAGUGCCUUAUGACUCACGGUCUCGGGGACAGCCUUCAGGGUGGCACUGGGGACGCGCGGCCCGGCUGGAGCGCGGCCAUGCCCGCCAGCCCACCCGAGGCCCCUGCCCGCCCGUGGGAGCCCGGAUUCCUCUCGGCUGGGAUGCAGACAAGUGUUGAGUUGGAGUGCCCACCCUGCCUGUCUGGGGUCUCUGGUGUCACCACUGACUGCAGCGGGCCCAUUGUGUCCCCUGGAGGGCAGGACCUGAGGCUCUGCCUGUAGGGGGUGGCCUGGGAGUCCCAGGGGAGCCCAGAGGAGUCCCGCUUCCUGAGGCCCAGCCAGACUGCCCCCUGCACCCCCCAGGCAGGGGUUUCCAGGCUGCCUGGGCCAGACUGUCUAGCGGAGAGCGGCAGACAGCGUCCACUCCGUGGCCGUCUGGGCUGCUCAUCCAGCCCCAGGAGGAAACAGAUGGCACGUCCAGAUGAGGACACCCUAGGGGCUGUGGACGGACGUGUGGGCAGAGGGCAGGGAAGCCACAGGGGUGGUGUGGAACACUGGGGCUCCUCCCCACCCCACCUGCGUCCCAGGACAGAUGGAGCCCGCAGAGCAAGGUGUGGAGAGGCCCCCAGGGAGGAGAGGAGUACACCCAGCAGAAGUGGGCCUGACCCUCCCCCCCCCGCCGCUGCCUGCUGCCCUCCCAGAGCCGCCUGCGCUCGGGCAGGGGGGCUGUAGGCCUGGCUGAGCGGGUGGAAGGCAAGGCCUGGUCAUCCCCUGACCCUCCCUGAACCUGCUGCCCCGUCGACGUGGAGCACACGGGCGUGCCGGCCCACCAGCGCCUUGUCCUGGGCAAGGGUGUUGGUUCGGCCAUUUUCCAUGUGAACCCCAAGAUCAGCGCCCGUCCCCCUGCCUCAGGGCUUGGUGCCCAGGGCUCCAUUGUCACCAGCCACCUCUUCUAAGGCCCCCACUCCAAACAGCACUCACAUUCCGAGGUCCUGGGGGUAAGGACGUCAGCGUUUGAACUGGGGGAGGCAGUUUGCCUGCACCAAGCCCUGACCCUCUUCUCUGUGGUGGGAACACCUCACCCCAGCAUUAAAGCAGCCUCUUCUC